AUGACUCUAUCCUCAACAACACAAAAUGGAACCUCUUCACCUGAUUCUCAAGAACUAAUUAAAUGUCGUAUUCAAUUUGUCAACGAUAUAGACCCUUUUCGUUGUUCUUCAACAAAUGCCGGUCUUCACAGAGAGCCAAUAAAGCCCAUUCAAUGCAAUUUACAGCUACAUAGAUCUAUUUCUGAACAAUUACCUGAAUUAAUUAAAUUACUUAGAGCUCCACAUAAGGUAAUUAAAAGUGGAGAUUGUUGCCUUCAAGUCCAAUGUAGUGGAAUUAAAAAUGGAGAUGAAUUUGCUUCUUAUUUGGAUUCGGAAUUGACUUUAAGUGAACAAACUGAGGAAUUGGAAUUGUUGCAAAAUGAACCGUGA